UAGCUUCUCCCCCUUCAUAAAUUUAUCCGCAACUUUCCUGUAGGAGGAGAAGAAGAAGGACAGGGACAAAUCAAUGGCUGAAGCUGCAGUGGGUUUUGUAGUCCGGAAACUUGGUGAACUUUUAGCUCAAGAAGCCAUCAAUUUAUAUGGAGUGAGGGAUCAAGUGGAGUGGUUGCAACGAGAACUGGGGAGAAUGCAGUGCUUCUUAAAGGAUGCAGAUGCAAAGAAGAACAAGGGUGAUGAUGAGAGGGUCAAGCACUGGGUCACAGAGAUGAGAGACCUUGCUUUUGAUGCUGAGGACGCUAUUGACACUUUCAUGUAUUACAAGCUCCGAACACCAGAGAGGGAUGGCUGCAUUGGCUUCAUUGAGAGGCUAGUGUUUAUAUUUGAUGAAUUGAUCAAUAGACACAAGGUUCAUGUGGAUGUUCAAGGGAUAAAAACUAGGUUGCAGGAGCUAUCUCAAACUAGAGAAGUAUAUGGCAUUUCUAAUAUAGGUGAAACAAUUGGCACAACUAGUCAGCCUAGAAGUCAAAAUGUGAUCCCUAUGUUGCCUCAACUGAGAGAUGACAUUGUUAUGGUUGGCUUUGAUGAUGAGAAGAAAAAGAUUGUGCAAGAGUUGGUUGACAUAAACAAUACAAAUCAGUCAGUGAUCUCUAUUGUGGGUAUGGGUGGUCUGGGAAAGACCACACUUGCUAAAUCUGUUUAUAAUGAUUUUGAAGUCAAGAGAAGUUUUGAUAUGUUUGCAUGGGUAAUCAUAUCUCAACAAUAUACCAUCCUUGAGAUUUUGAAGGGAAUCUUGUCAGAAAAAUCAGAAACUCCAUCAGAAGAUACAAUCCAAAACCUCUCAAUAAAAGUUUUUGAUAAAUUAAAGAAAGGCAAGUACUUGGUUGUUCUUGAUGAUGUUUGGAAAGUAGAUGUAUGGAAUGAAUUAUUAAAAGUCUUUCCAGAUGCUAAUAAUGGAAGCAGAGUUAUUAUCACCACCCGCUUCGAAAAUGUCAUUAAUAUUGCAGAUCCUACCACCAAACUUCAUAAACUGCGUUACCUAAAUGAAAAGGAGAGUCGGGAGUUGUUUUUUCGCAAGGCCUUCCCAAGACAAGAUAUUGAAACAUGUUGCCCGACAGAUUUGGUUGAGUAUGCUCAUCAACUUGUUCAAAGGUGCGGGGGUCUACCACUAGCACUAGUAGUCCUUGGAGGACUUGUCUCAAUUAAACCACAAACCCAAGAUGCAUGGCGGAAAGUUGUUGAGAGCAUGAAAGGGCAAUUUGUGGAAGGUGGAAAAAGGUGUUUAGAAAUAAUUGCAUUGAGUUACAAUGAUUUGCCAUAUUACUUGAAAUCAUGUUUUCUUUAUUUUGGUUGCUUUGGAGAGGAUAUGAUAAUUUCUGCAAAAAUGAUAAUUAGAUUGUGGUCGGCAGAAGGUUUCUUACCAACAAAAAAUGGGAAGACCACAGAAGAAAUUGGAUUGGAUUGUCUGGAGGAGUUGGCACAAAGAUGUUUGAUCCAAUUUAUCAAACGAAAAUAUGAUGAUAGUGUAAGUGAAUUUCGAAUCCAUGAUCUCUUGCGUGAUUUGUGCAUCAGUGAAGCCAAAGAGAACAAAUAUUUUGAAAUCUACAAGAGUAAUGACACUGUAGAUUAUGUGACAAUGUCAAAUGCAGCCCGACGACUAGUCAUAUGUAAUGAGAUUGGCAUUCUAAACUAUUCUAACUCAAAGUUGCGGGGUCUAUUCUGUGGCCUAUAUAAUUGUAUUCCUCCCCAUUUCAGAGCUUUGAAAGGGCAGCUUGACAGAUUUAAAUUAUUAAGAGUGCUUCAUUUGAAUACUUUGGGUAUGUCGGAAUUUCCAAGUGAAAUCAAAUCAUUGAUUCAUUUAAGAUAUCUUGCCUUCAUCGAAGCGUAUCUGAAGGAAGUUCCAUCAUGGAUUGGUCAUCUCCGCAAUCUCCAAACUUUUAUUCUUUUAAAUGAUGGAGGUUUAGAGAAGAUAUCAGAUUCACUCUGGACAAUUGGAAAUCUCAGGCAUUUUUAUCUAGAAAGCGCAUCGAGGGUUCCUCCACCAAAUAUGGGAAAUAAUGUACCAAAGAAUUUACAGACUUUAGAGGGGGUAAAUGCUGGAUCAUGGAUAGGGCAUACACUUCCAAAGCUCACGAACCUAUGUGAAUUGGGAAUUCAAAGCGUCUCUAAUGAUCAUGCCGAUGCCCUAUCUUCAUCACUUAAGAAAUUGGGUCGUCUUGCCUCCUUAUCUAUACAUGGAGCCUAUGGAGAUGAAAUUCCUUUGGACAACAUCAUUACAGCCUUUUCCAAUCAACACUGCCUCAAGAAAUUGUAUCUCGAAGGAAGUUUGAACUGCAAACAACUUCCACCUAAUGAUGUAUUUCCCCAACAACUAGUGGACCUACAAUUGUUUUAUUCUAAAUUGGAGCAAGACCCAAUGGCAACACUAGAAAAGCUGCCAUGUCUCAAAUAUCUAUAUCUCUAUGAUGCAUAUAGAGGCAAAGAGAUGAUAUGCUCGGCAACAAGUUUCCCUCAACUGUUAUCCUUGAAAAUUCUUGGUGAACUCGAGGAGUGGAAGAUGGAGGAGAAUUCAAUGUCAUGCCUCAAGUUUUUAGGGAUCUACGGAUGUAAAAGGUUGAAGAUGAUUCCAGAAGGACUGAAGAAUGUGCGACUUGAUCAAUUGCAUUUUAUAUAUAUGCCUGAAGAAUUCAUGAAUAGGAUUAAGGAGAAUACAGGAGAAGACUGGUACAAGAUACAACAUGUGCCCAACAUCGACAUCAUUAAUUAAAACAUAUGCAGCAGCGCAAUGGAUAAUAUGCUCAAUUGUUAGCUGCCUUCAAAAAGGGCUGCGUGAGUGAAGAGUUCUUUUGGACUUCAAAGGAGCUCCAUAUUAAGUAAGCAACCAAGGAAGCAUACAUGAAGUGUCUUAUAUAUGAACUCUACUUCAAUAAUUGAUGUUUGUGUGGAUGUAUGUGAUUUUAUUCUUGUAAUGUUAUUUGGGUUUGAUACUUUGUGGUUAUA